UUUACUGCACACCGACCACUCCAAUUUUAGUGCGCGCACAUGCACUGGUCAUGUCUUUUUUAUCAAACUAGAAAUUUGCAUUAUUAUGUAGUUUAAACGAACUCGUACAAAUUAAAAACAUUUUGUAAUUAAGUUACUGAAAAUAUCGAGUAUUAAAAUGUUUAAUGAAUGCAGUUUUCAUUAUAAAUUUAAUCUUUUCUAUAAAAAUUGUUUAAUUAUAACUGUAAAAUCGUAAACUAUAGUAGUAUAAAAUGAAUAGGAAUAUCAGAAAAAAAUCAAAUUCUGCCUGUAAAAAAUCUAUUAAAAAUGAGAAUCCGGAUGAAGAAAUUAAAGAGUACGUUAAAACUACUAUGAACGAAAUGCUUGGAUGGUACGGCUAUGAUAAAAUAAAUUCUAAAGACUGCUCUUUACAAAGUGUUAAUCUAGUCAAAAUGAAAAAAAUAUAUAGAAGUCGAUCGGGGAGCACAGAACCAGAUACAUCGUCAGAUGAAUAUGUCAGUCCACAAUCUCCUAGCACGAUAUCGAGUUCUCCGACCGAACAAAUGCUGUGUGGGUGGUGCGACAAAACAAUAGCUUCAAAAGCUUUUACAUUCUGCACGAAUGAGCCUAAUAAUGAAAAAGUAUUCUGUUCCGAACAAUGUUUUUCGCAAUACCGACGGGCGAACUUCAAACGAAAUAAGACAUGUGAUUGGUGUAGACAUCUAAGGCAUACAGUGAAUUGUGUAGACUUCCAAGACGGCGACCAUCAGCUCCAAUUCUGCAGUGACAAAUGUCUGAAUCAAUAUAAAAUGAAUAUUUUUUGCAAGGAAACCCAAGCACAGUUAGAAUUACAUCCACACCUGCAAAAUACCUCAAUGCCUGAAAAUUUAUGCAAGUCGUUAGAACCUAGUUUACCACUUAUUACACCUGACCUGUGGCUAAGAGACUGUCAUUCACCACCCAACCAAUCACAGUCGCCGCAAAGUUCUUAUUCUCCUCUUACGCCAGUAGUAACUACUCAAUUGCGUGUCUCCAAUAAGUUGUUUGACCGUCCCACUCGUAAGCGCAAACGACAAACGCCAAUUGAAGAAGUAACGCCGCCACCUGUGUACUCGCAUUGUCAAAAUCAUGCUCCAUUAUACUACUCAUCUCCUAUGUGCCAACCUCCAGCAUUUUCCCAAUCGCAUCCAAUAGGAAACAACUCAACCAAUACGUCAAAUAAUGAACAACCACCAUCACAACCUCCUCCGACAAUUUACCCAUUGACAAUGCAACCAUCAAUAUUACCACCUCCAAUGAUUCUAGUACCAUAUCCAAUUAUGCUACCAAUUCCAAUACCGAUACCAAUACCUAUACCAUUACCAUUUCUCCAAAAAGAAACUGAAAACACCAACAAUGAUGUUAAAGACGAAAAUAAAUCAUAAAUAUGUUUAAAAAAUACGUAGUAUAUUUUACGCUAUUAAAGUAACCAAAAACAGCAAAAUAAAGGGGGAAAGGUUCAAUGCCUACAGAGCAUAAUUUCUAUAGAUUUAAAUACACUGAAUUAAAAAAAAAAAAAUCAUUAUUAAAAAGUAUUCAUUAAAUUCUAUAACAUGCUACGUGCUUAGGCAAAAUAUAUAGAAACUCAAAUGAA